UUUUAAUGAAAAUAACACAGUUUUUAAGUACAUUUUGUUGUCUACUGACUGUGUGUUAUUUUUGCAGAAUGCUGCAAGAAUUAUUGAUGGCAUUAAGUGGAGUACCUGGGAACAUAUUUUCGGAUGUUUCAAAUGAUAUAAAGGUUUCUUCUUGCAUUCCAAAUAUCCAUCCUGCUGAAAGAGAUAUUCUUGAAAGAUUGCUUCCUUUAGGUUCAAAAUGCAAAUUCCUUCGGGAAUUUGUUAAAAAACACAAAUUUCACAAGGCAGAUGAUAAAUCUGGAAUGUGUGGAUUAUAUCUGGAGUCUUUCUGCUGUGGAUUAGAGGCUGUCCUAAACAUAUAUCAGUUGGAACUGGUUGCAGUUGAAGAAGAAUUGUUGAAGGAUCCAUUUUUACCUCUUACACAUUUUUUAAAGCUGGACAAGUAUCAACAUCUUUUUCAAGUUUUAUCUGAUAUUGUGAAUGAAAUUGUCAAGGAAAAGAUUCAUGGUUGCAGAAUAUUGGAAUUAGUCUAUAACCAAUCUAGUUCUGGUGUGCCAUUAAUUGAAGCUUCAAUGAACAAAAUACUGCAACACUGCCAUUCUGUGAUGUUUAAACAAGUAUUUUGCUGGAUAAUGAAUGGUUAUGUUGAAGAUAUUUACCACGAAUUUUUCAUUCAACCAGAGCAAACUGUUACUAGUACUUGCUCUCUGGAAAAGCAGGUGAAAUCUUUUGCUCAUCCAUUGAUAAAGUCUGAUAAAGAUUUAAUAAAGGUUAAAUAUGUUAUUAAGUAUGAACUUUUACCUUCAUAUGUACCAAACAAUUUGGCAGCACAGAUAUUAUUUGUUGGAGAAUAUAUUUCCAUACUUAGGGCAGCUGAUGAUCCUGAUUCAUAUACCUUAUAUUUGAAAAAAGAACAAGCCUUUGCUAAGAAGAUUGAAAAACUGCUAGAAAAACCAUUGUUUUCUUUGUUAAGCUUUGAAGCAGCUAUUCAUGAUAUCAGAAGAUGUGCUGCUGAGCACCUAUGGCAAGUUAUAGUGAAAAGAGCUAAUGUUGUUCACCACUUAAAAAUAAUGAAAGAUUUUUACUUUCUUGGCCGAGGGGAAUUAUUUCUUGCUUUUAUUUGUGAAGCAAACCAACUUUUGUCAAUGCCAGUGACUACUACUGCUGAAAGUGAGGCAAGCAAAAUUUUCCAGAGUGUGGCUCGAAUAAUAUUUCCUGAUGAUGAUUCCAUAACUGACAAAUUUCGGAUUACUCUUCAAGCUAAAAGCAAAAAGGCUGGUGAAGUGGGCAAGGAAAGCUUAUCUAAAGCAAAAUUAGAAUCUGGAUGGUCAUCUGUUGGUUUAAUGUAUGAUGUUCCUCACCCUCUUCAUAUAUUAAUAACACCAAGUGUUUUAGAUAAGUACAAUACAAUUUUCAGAUUUCUGUUAUCUGUCAGAAAAGUACAGAUUGAAUUGCAUCAUUGUUGGGCACUUCAGAUGAGAGCAAAAGGGGCUGGCCAUGAAUCUGCUAUAAUGCCAUUCUGGAAAUUAAGAUCUCACAUGUCAUUUCUUAUUGACAACUUCCAAUAUUAUGUACUGGUGGAUGUAUUAGAAUCCUGUUUCAGUAACCUUAUGGAAAAAAUGGGAAAUGUGAAAGACUUUGAAGAAAUACAGCAAUAUCAUAAUCGUUUUUUAAUAUCUGUAGUAUCUCAGUGCUUUUUAGAGUUGUGGACGGUAUACCAUCCUCUGUAUGAAAUUAUGGAAAUAUGUUCUUCAUUUUGCAGUCUUAUGAACCGUAUUAAUUUAUCAUUUAGUCAAAGAGAUGUUUUGCAGUUUGAUAACAUAAAGCAGGAUUUUCAGUUGCAAACAUCUUUACUUCUGCGUGUGUUGUCCAGAGUUCGUAGCAAGCAAGUUAGUCCUCAUUUAGCACAGUUAUUACUGCGAAUUGAUUACAAUAAAUACUUUUUAAGUUCUUGCGCUGGGAUACUGGGAGGCACUCAAGUUGACACAAAAAAAUAAUGACUCCUUAAAGUGUGCAAGGUUUCAUUUGUUAUGUCUGUUGAAUGAUGCUUAGAUGAAUUAUUUGUAAAUAUUUCAAAAUGCUCUUAUAAAAAUGACAUAUAAGGCAGAAUUUAUGUAAUACAUUAUCUUGUAUAAUCAUAUGCUAAGUAACUAAAUAAUUUGAUGAAUUGUUAAAAUGAAUUUCCCUUGUAAAACAUAAUGAAUAAAAAAAUAAGCUACUAA